GCGAUAGCUAGCGGCGUACGGUGAGCUAUAAAACAUGGCGACCGCCGGGAUGAUUAUGGAAGACGAGACCGAGCUGGCCCAAAAGGGCCACAUCAAGGAGGAAUUUACUGAAUUUGAAACCGUAAAAAAUUUAUACAGAAGUUUACCCAACAUAUACAGUGAUCAGAUUAGUGUGGAGUUAGCUCUGGAACAGUUUACGGUGAUAGUGGAUGAAUACCAGGAGCAGCCUCAUUUACUGGACCCCUACCUAGAGGAGAUGGUCCUGGACUUCCUCUCCAUUGGUAGAGAUAUGAAUGUUGACAGGAAGCUCUCUCAUCUUGCCUUCAAAUUCCUCUAUCUACUCACAAAGGCCCGUGGACCAAAGGUCAUCGUGAGGCUGUUACCCCAUGAGGUCGUGGAUCUGGAACCUACUCUAGCUCUUCUUAGUGCUCAAGAUCCUAAUGAUUAUGAGACCUGGGAGUCUCGUUACAUGCUGUUACUGUGGAUGUCUAUGAUAUGCAUGAUACCAUUUGAUAUGUCCAGACUGGACAGUGGUGUGGCCGGAGCAGGUGACCAACAGACCAAGAAUCUACCCACUAUGGACAGGAUACUCAAUGUGGCAAAGGUAUAUCUUGGGAUGAGCGAUAAAUGUCGAGAUGCUGCUGCUUUUAUGGUUUCAAGGUUUCUUACAAGGCAUGACGUGAAACAGAUGAGAUUACCUGAGUUCCUUGACUGGUGUCUGCAGACUCUCACAUCUGAAGGAAAAAAGGGAACCAUUCCAUCUAUCCUUAAAAUGGCCGGAGUGUUAUCUGUCUUGGCUCAAUUGUUUAAGCUGGGCAAGAGAAGUGAUAUUCUCCAAUAUGCUCCAGUUGUUUUGCGAGUGUCCGUGGAGUGUGAUCUAUGUAAUCAUAACAACACACCGAUUAGGAAGCUGUCUAUGAAACUGGUGCAGAGACUAGGCCUUACUUUCCUUCCAUCCAGAGUCAUGAAAUGGAGAUACCAAAGAGGGAGUCGAUCGCUUGCUGAUAACCUGCAGCCUGCCUCAGCUCCUGCUGGCAUAGCAUCAAAGACAACAAUAAGCAAUGACGAUGAUUAUGAUGACGAGAACUAUGACAUUCCUGAAGAGAUUGAAGAUGUAAUAGAACAACUUUUAACUGGAUUGAAGGAUAAAGACACGAUAGUCAGGUGGUCUGCUGCCAAAGGGAUUGGUCGUCUUACAGGAAGGUUACCCCAGGAGCUUGCAGAUCAAGUAGUAGGAUCAGCAUUAGAUUUAUUCAGUAUGAGGGAAACAGAUGGAGCGUGGCAUGGUAGCUGUUUAGCCUUAGCUGAACUCGGCAGGAGAGGGCUCCUUCUACCUGCAAGAUUACCAGAAGUUAUUCCUGUUGUCAGGAAAGCUCUUGCCUAUGAUGUCAAGAAAGGAACUUUUAGUGUAGGUGCCCAUGUAAGAGAUUCAGCCUGCUAUGUCUGUUGGUCCUUUGCCAGGGCAUAUGACCCUGAGGUCAUUUCACCAUACGUCAAUGAGAUCGCUGCUGCCCUUCUCAUCACCACUGUGUUUGAUAGAGAAGUCAACUGUCGAAGAGCAGCCUCCGCUGCAUUCCAGGAGAAUGUUGGACGUCAAGGAACAUUCCCUCAUGGUAUUGACAUUGUCACAACAGCGGAUUACUUUGCAGUAGGAAACCGCACAAAUACAUACCUCAAUAUCAGUUCCUAUCUAGCUGACUUUGAUGAAUACACCUUGCCUCUCAUUGAUCACCUUUAUCAAGUCAAGGUUGGGCAUUGGGAUGGUGCAAUACGUGAACUGACAUCUCAGGCUCUACAUGUACUCACUAAGAAAGCCCCUGAAUACAUGGCAAAAACGGUAUUACCUGACCUGAUACCCAAGACAACUGGUAUAGAUCUCAAUACUAGACAUGGCUCGCUUCUAGCUGUAGCUGAAUUGACACACGCCCUCUAUGAAUACUCUCAAAGUGAAUCAAGAUCAUUACUUGAUGUCAUAGGUUCUUCAAGUGUGGAAGGAUUAAAAGCCAUCACAAGAAAGAUGGAGGAAGGAAGGAUGUUCAGAGGGAUGACAGGUGAGAUCCUCCGUCCUGCUGUCUGUACCCUCAUUGGUAAACUCUCCCUCUCAAAGUUACCAUUCCAUGGAGAUGACAUCAUUGACCAGUGGCAGACAUUACUAGAUGAUAACAUCAUAAGGUUGCAGAGAACAGAGAGAGAUAUUCACAGUAAAUCAGUAGGAGCAGAGAGGAUGCUAUGCCAGGAGUACUACCAAGAUACCAAUGGCCACGCCCUUCCUGGUAUCCAAGAUAAAGUAAUAGACCUGUACAUCAAAGGAUUGGAGGACCCCAAUGAGAUGGGUAGGAUGGGAGCAGCCUUGGUCCUUGGUGAACUCCCUAGGUUCAUGGUCAAAGGAAAGCUUCAUCAGAUCCUUGAAGGUCUCAUCAAGGCCAGUAUCUCAACCAAAGAUGAGGAUGCUAUCCAUGCUGAGUCUAGGAGAGAUGCUAUCCGUUCAAUUGCCAAAUUAUGUGCAACAGUCGAUAUAGAUCCAUCUGGAAACCCCCAUGAAGUAGUGUGUGAGUCCAACCUUUCAUCAAUAUACAAUUGUUUACUGCAGUCAUUGAAGGACUAUACCACUGACAGCAGGGGUGAUGUGGGUGCAUGGGUUCGUGAGGCAGGGAUGAAAAGUCUGUAUGAUGUCACCAGCCAUUUAGCAAAGAAUCAACCAACAAUGCUUACUCCUGACAUAAUCUGUAAGAUAGUCCAGUGCCUGACCCAGCAAGCCUCAGAGAAGAUUGACAGGACCAGACUCUGUGCUGGAGAAGCUUUCCUAGGUCUUCUUCAUCAAUCUGAUCCUGUCAUUCCACACAUACCAGAUAGAGAUGAACUGAUCAAGAUAUUUCCAAAGGAAGACAUCAAAGAACUGAACUGGGCAGCACCAUCAGACUGUUUUGCCAAGGUUACUCAGCUCCUCAAACUACGUACAUUCCAAUAUCAUGUUCUACUUGGUUUGACUGUUAGUGUAGGAGGCCUUACAGAAUCAUUGGUCAAGCACUCUGCCCAGUCUCUACUUUCUUUCAUCAAGACAUGCAGCUCAGUAGAUGACCUGAAAAGAUUCACUGACAACCUUUUAAAGAUCUUCACUGAUUAUCAGAAGGUUGAUAGAGUUUCUGUCCCAUUAAUGAAGAUGAUCAACCUGCUACUAUCCAGUGGAUGCUUUGAAACCUUUGUAGAGGACACGGAUCACCCAUUUCCACUGAACCUUCUCCAACUUGUCAAGAAGGAGGUAACCAAGACAGGUGAUGCCCAAAAGCUUCUCACAAGUAUUGAAGUAUUCUGUGGUAUGAUUCAGUUUGUUGGUGAGCCUCGGAAGAAGAGUCUGUUUCAACUCAUGGUUUUCCUCUGUCAUAAAUACCCAAAGAUAAGAGGGACGACUGCUAAUAGACUGUAUGAGACAUUGAUGGUAUAUGAUGACGUUGUGGAUGAAGAGAAACAAGAGGAGGUCAUGACAAUACUCAUGGAAACAAACUGGCAAGAAUCACAGGCCAAUUGUAGACCAAUCAGAAACCAUGUAUGUGACUUGUUGGGAGUACCACAGCCUGUUCUGAAGAACCCUGGUAAAGCUAAGAAGCAGGAGGAUGCUGAUGACCAAAUGGAAAGUUAUAAAGAUCUUGUGUCAAGAUUGGGCUACUGAGGAGUGAAUCUUAUUUAUUUAUUCCCAUGAAGUGCUGCUGCCUCAUACUUAUGUACCAUUUUUACCUGAAUAAGGCAUAUGAAAGAAAUGUCAUUGCAUUAUGUAGACUAAGAUUAAUACCAAUAAAGUGAUAUGAGCCAACAUUCCUUAUAAAAGAGAAAAAAUAGGUUUUGCAAACAAUAAUUGUGAUAUACGUAUUUUAUUUUGUUUUAUGAAGCUAUUUGUGAAGUUGUCAAUGUCUGGAACUUGUUUUGGGGGUGAAAAGCCCUAUUUCCAAUUAAUUUGAUUCCCAUUUAAUAAUUGAAGUUGAAAUCUGAUCCUUGUUGGUAAAACAGGAUAUAUUGCAAACAAAUAACAAGCAGCUGAAUGUAGUGUUGAUAAUUUGAUGACGGUCAUAUGAAAUUUAUUCCCACUUAGAUGAAACAAUGUGAAAUAAUUUUGGUACCUCAUUUAAGCCAAGGCCAAGAACAUGUCACUAGUGAUGUGUAAAGUGACACACACAGCUUUACAAAACAACCCCCAGUAUUUCUGUUGCCAGAUAUUUGAUACAUACAAACAUAGGAAUAAUGUCUAGCAUUUCAAUUCAGAUUUCUUGUUGAAACCAAUUAAAACCUCAACUCAAUUGUUUGAAACAUCUUGAGAGUUGUACAGCUUGGGAAAUCGUUUUUAGACCAUGUCCUAUAGGAACCUAGUUGGAAAUUGGUCUGAUAUUAUAUCCCAAACAGUGUCAUGGACCCAAAUUAUCAUCUACUUAUUGAAGAUUCAAUUUCACAAUAUUAUUACAACACUGUCAUCAUAUCAAGCAGCCCUAUUGUCAUAAGGAGAAGAAGCAAUCACUUCAUCACAUUUAAAUGCCUUUUAAGUCUUGUUAAAAUGUUCCCAUUUGUGCUUCUGCAAUUUCACCUGUGCAUUGUUGAGGAAUUCUCUGUAGAUCAUAUACAGA